AUGCUUCAUUCCUGUACUCCAAAAGAAAAUAAGGAUGCAAUAUUAGAGUCAUUCAAAAGACUGGAUGGUCAUGUGCAAGUCUUGGUGGCAACCAUAGCAUUCGGCAUGGGAAGAGACUGUAAAGGUGUCCACCGCACAAUACACUUUGGCCCCUCAAAAAACUGUGAGGCCUUUAUCCAAGAGACUGGUCGCGCUGGAAGAGAUGGGAUGUCUAGUUUUUCUUAUCUUUUGUACAAAGGCAUUAUGCUGAAUCAUGUGGAAAGGGACAUAAAAGAAUAUGUCAAAGCUACAACCUGCAGGAGACAGAUGCUUAUGGAACAUUUUAGCAAGAACCAUAUUGUAUUUUCUGGAGACCUCCAUGCUUGCUGCGAUAAUCGUGCUAAAGCUUGUGAAUGUGGUAGUGAAAAUUGUAAAAGUUACACUGAUUUCAUAGUUACGGAGACAGGUAUUGCAUCAGAAGAGAAAAGGCGUUCUGUUAGUGAAGACCAGAAAAAAGAACUCUCAAGAUUACUCAAAAAGUACCACAAGAAACUAUUAAUGGAUCUGGUACGAAAGUCAGCACAUGGCAUGGUCCAAAGUCUAAUUAGCAUAAAUACUCUUCUGGGGUUUGGAGAAACACAAAUCGAUCAGGUGCUAGAAAACUGUGAAACUUUAUUUUCUUUUGAGGAUGUCACAGAUAAGAUUGAAAUAUGGAACAUCUGUCAUGCAAGAGAAAUAGUUGUUAUGCUUGCAGAAGUAUUUAAUGAUAUUGAUGUAUCUUGUGAGCAAAUGGUCGAUAUGAGACUGGGCACUAGCGACAAUGAAUUAGAUGACAAAGUAAUUGGAGAAUGGGCUGCUCUAGCUGAGGACGAAGAGCUCUUUGCCUUGAUGGCAGACAAUUUAUCUUGGUCUGCAUUAGAGAGCACAGUAAAUGAGUCAACUCACAUGCAGUCUCCUGACUCUUCUGGCUUAUCACCUGCUGCUCUGACUGCACUUACAAAUCUAAGUAUAGAGUAG